GGCCCUCGGUGCGUGGAGUUUCUCUCUCAGGACCUAAGGGCAAAGAGCAGAGCCCAGGACUCAAGAGACAGAGCCAAGGGCUGAGUGUUCCCAGGAGAGAGGCUGGUGUGGCCUGGAUGAGGCGCGGAGAUGGGGAAAAAGCUGGACCUUUCUAAGCUCACAGACGAGGAGGCCAAGCACGUAUUGGCCGUGGUUCAGCGGGACUUCGACCUCAGAAGGAGAGAAGAGGAAAGACUUGAGGGACUGAAGGGCAAGAUACAAAAGGAGAGCUCGAAGAGGGAGCUGCUGUCUGACACAGCCCAUCUGAAUGAGACCCACUGUGCCCGCUGCCUGCAGCCCUACCGGCUCCUCGUGAACAGCAGAAGACAGUGUCUAGAGUGCAGCCUCUAUGUCUGCAAAAACUGCAGCCACGCCCACCCAGAAGAGCAGGGCUGGCUCUGCGACCCCUGCCACUUGGCCAGAGUCGUGAAGAUCGGCUCCCUGGAGUGGUACUACCAGCACCUGAGAGCUCGGUUCAAGCACUUCGGGAGUGCCAAAGUGAUCCGGUCUCUCUGUGGGCGGCUGCAGGGUGGCGGUGGAUCUGAUCCAAGCUUGGAGGAAGGGAGUGGAGACAGUGAGCAGACGGAUGAGGAUGGAGACCUGGAUGCGGAGGCCCAGGUCCAGCCCCUCAACACCAAAAAGAAAAAGCGCCUGCUCUCCUUCAGUGACUUGGACUUUGAGGAAGACUCGGAACACUCCAUGCAGCCUUGCAGCCAUACCCUGGGCCUGUCCUCUGUCCCUGAGUCAGAACACAGCCUGCAGUCCCUCUCAGGUGAGCCUUACUCUGAGGACACCACCUCCCUGGAGCCUGAGGGCCUGGAGAAUACUGAGGCAGGGCCUUUGGGGUGUCACCUCAGUUCAGAAGAGCAGCCAUAUAGCUCCUUGCUCUCCAGAGAGGAUGCUCACACGGAGCUGGACCCGCCUGGAGCAUCCUGCAAGAGGACCCUAGGGGCCACAGCUAUGCCUGGGAUAGAUGAUGUCAAAAGCAAACAGCUCCCCUCCCAGUACCUGGCUGACGUGGACACCUCUGACGAAGACAGUCUCCAGGAUCCCAGGGCAGCUUCCCAGCAUUCCAAGAGGAGGGCCCGAGCUAUGCCUGACACGCAGAUUUUGGAGUUGAACAAGCGCAUGUCAGCUGUGGAGCACCUGCUGGGCCACCUGGAGAAUGUGGUCCUGCCACCCUCGGCCCAGGAACCAGCUGCGGACUCACACCCCAGUGCAGACACAGAGGAGGAGACUCUCCGCAGGAGGCUGGAGGAGCUGACCAGAAACAUCAGUGAUCCUGGCACCUCGUCAGAAGAUGAGACUAAGUCAAGUGGCACCCUCCAUGCAGUGUCCCCAGAGGUGUGCACAGACGUGGGGCACAUGGAGACACAGGGAAGGAACCUUCAGGGGCCUGGGAACCCUACUCGGACUACAAAGAGCACAGACGAGGAGCUGUCAGAGAUGGAGGACAGGGUGGCCAUGGCAGCCUCUGAAGUUCAACAAUCCGAGAGCGAGGUUUCGGACAUCGAGUCCAGGAUUGCAGCCCUGAGGGCAGCGGGGCUCACGGUGAAACCCUCAGGAAAACCCCGGAGAAAGUCAAACAUCCCAAUCUUUCUUCCCCGAGUUACUGAAAAACUUGACAGGAUCCCAAAGGAUCCCUCUGCAGACCCUGAGGACCAAGACAAGGUGCCCAAGGCGACAGCACCGCCCUAUCUCCUGAAGAGGAAGUAUGCCCCCAGCAGUCAAGGCAUAGAUGGUGGUUCUUUCGACCGGAAAUCAGUGUACCGUGGCUCGCUAACACAGAGGAACCCUAACGGGAAGAGAGGGACAGCCAGACACAUCUUUGCGAAACCCGUGAUGGCCCAGCAGCCCUAGAAGGGGAGGUUCAUGGGCACAGGAGAGUACCACAAAGCGCCCCACACUGCCACCUCCACAUGACCAUCGCAUCCCCACGGGCUCAGAACUUCUUGAUGCUCACAGCUGCUUGUGGUCAUCAUCCCAGUGAGAAAUAAGAACUUCCUGUGUGGAUCUUCUUGUGCGAUAGCAGGUUCUCAGACUUCUGGCUGUCACCAGGCCACCUGCCAGCCUCUGACCCGGAAGAUACGAACUCAUGGAAUUCCCCUUCAGAUUUCCCUUUCUGCCUGAGGAACACCCAGAUACCCUUCUGCUAUGACCCUUUAACCUUGUCCCUUGACUUUGUUGAGCCACAUUCACAGAUGUGAUGGAAAGAGAUGGUCCCGCGGAGGCC